ACACGACCUCCCCCCGCGGGCCCACCGCGCUUAAGGGGUAGGAUAGGUGCUAGAAUGGGUGGCGGAGAUGACGACCAUGGAACCAAGGAGGAGAGUCCGGUGGAAGAGGACGAGGAGGUAGCUUGUCAUCAUGUCAUGUAUGCACAUCGAGAAACGAUGAGGAUGGAACCAAGGGAGAAGGCUACGUUGGAUAAGGAGGACGAGGACAUGGCCGGAAUCAAGGAGCAAGAGGAACAGGACGAGCAGGCUCCGGUGGAGGAGGAGAAGGAGGAGCAGGAAGAGGAGGACGAGCCUAAAGGACGAUGGAGGAGGAAAUGCUAUAAUUGCGAAACAUGCAGAAGAGGAAGACGCUUCGAUGGAGGAGGAAGAGGAGGCUUUGCUCCAAUGGAGCAGGUGGAGGAGAAUGUUACUAUGGAGGAGGAGAAUGAGAACAUGGUGACGACGAAGGGCCGGGAGGAGGAAGAGGAAGACGAGGCCGCGAUCAAAGAGGAAGAGCAGCAGGAAGAGCAAGAGGAGCGCAAAAGAAAAUAGAGGAGGAAGACUGUUUGGCUGAUUCUAAUUGCGGUAUGCUGGCUGUUCG